UAAUAAAGAUGUAGACAGAUUCAGAAAUAUUUAUUAAAAUUUGACCUAGAAAAUACUACAUUUUUAGGUGGGACUUCUGACCAAGUCACGUGCCCAAAACAAUUGUUUCAAAACUCUCUUAUCAAACUUUUAUCACUUGAUCAACUCCCUCUUUUGCAUGGAGUAAUUGUUUCCAUGCAACAAAGACAGUUAUCGUGCCGCAGUCAAGGGUUUUGCUUUCUAGAAACAUAUAUACACGCAUUCAUCAGGCCACCAAAAGAAAUCAUCGUUUCGAUUUUUUCUUAUUCGAUCUAUUGAUUUAUACGUUAAAAGUUAACUUAAGUUUUCAUUUUACUGGUCAUUUUUUUCCAGAUAUUGAACGUGCUUUAUACACCAGACUCAGUUCUCUAUUAUCUUAUAAAUUGUCGAAAACCGCACUCUAAUACAAAGCUGUCUUCGUAAGCCAUUGACUAGAUCUAUAGUCUUUUUUUUUUGGUCAACUAGAUAUAGAAAGUCUAUUAUUCAAGACUUAAUGAAAGACUAUACCUUUAUAUAAACUUAAGAUUUAAUGCAGGAGUAGUACAUAUAUACAAACAACUCCUCUGGCUUUCUCCUACAACCCCUAAUUUCGGAUCUCAAUUUUGAUUUGUGUAUUGUAAACUCAUGACUACAGUAAGAUUUACUGUAACUUUCCGCUUCCCUGCGAGUCCAAGACUCGACUGCGAGAGCUAUGCUGGUCUGAAAGCUAGGACGGCGAGGGUUAGCUAUCCCCUAACCAUAGCCACUCGUCGACACCAUCUUGUCCAAAUAGCAAACGAAGAUCGGACUUUGGUGGUGAGAGCUGCAGCUGGGGAGAUACCUAACAAAAGGUACCCAGGAGAACCGAAGGGGUUUGUAGAGGAGAUGAGGUCCGUAGCGAUGAAAAUGCACCCGAGAACCCAGUCAAAAGAAGGAAAAAGAGAGUCCACAGCUCCCCAAGACAGUCCUGUGGCGACGUGGGAGUUCACAGUGGAAGGGUACUUGAAGUUUCUCGUGGAAAAUAAACUUGUGUUCGACACUCUUGAAGGGAUUAUUCACGACUCUACCGUCCCAACUUAUGCUGCAUUCAAAAACACAGGAUUGGAAAGGGCAAAUAAUUUGGCCAAAGAUUUGGAGUGGUUCAAGGAACAAGGUUACGAGCUUCCUGAGCCAAAGGCUCAUUGUAAAACAUAUUCUCUGUAUCUAAAGGAUAUAGCAGAGAAUGAUCCACCAGCAUUCAUCUGUCAUUUCUACAACAUCUACUUCGGACAUAGCGCUGGUGGUGGUCGAAUGAUUGGGUCAAAGGUAUCUGAGAGGAUACUCGACAAUAAAAAACUCGAAUUCUAUAAAUGGGACGGCGACAUUUCCGAAUUGUUGACGAACCUGAGUGAAGAAUUGAACAAAGUCUCUGAGUUGUGGACGAGAGAAGAGAAGAAUCAUUGUUUAGAAGAGACAGAGAAAGCGUUCAAGUGUUAUGGGCACCUUCUUCGUUCCUUGGUCUCCCCUGAUUUGUAAUGACCCUGCGGUGGCAAUACAAGUAGGUGGGAAGGCCAUCAAGAGUGAAAAUUAAAUUAGAAAUAAUUGGACUAAGUCUCCAUUCACAUAUUUUCUUUAUUGCAUAAUAAUAUAUGAAGUCUAUGUUGUGGUUACCAAAAUAUGGGAACCUGACUUCCUUGGUUGUUUCUUUUACAUUUCCAAAUUUGUUGCAACUAAUUAAAGUUCCAUCAUUUUAUCAUUUGUACUAGUACAACUUUAAUGAUAGUCAAAAACUAGUCGAUAAAAAAAUUCUAAUUUAAUAGAGUAGAUAGAUACAAAAUGUUAAAUUAAAAGACAGAAUACAUAAGGAUUAUAGACUGAAACGAUACUUAUAAAGGCAAUUCUCUCAAAUAGACAUUUUUUAAUUUUUGUCAUAAAAAUAACAUUCAAAAAAGAAAAAUAGCCAAAAUAGUUCUUUUUUAUUUUUGAAAAUUUUUAAUAUUUAUUUUUUUGUUUUGUAAAAAUUUGAAACUCUAUUCUCAAAAUUAUACUUUUAACUCUAAAUCUUAAGUCUAAAUUAGUUAAGCCUAAAGUUUAAAUGUAUUUUUACUCUUUAAUAAAAUUUCUUUUAGUCAUUAAUUUCUCCUCACGUGAAUUUGGAAACUCAAACUCGAUGAAGUAAAAAGAUACUCCCUCUGUUCUUUAAUAUUAUAUAUUCUAGAAAAAAAAAUUGUUUUAAAAAGAUCUAUUUUUUAUAUUUUCAAGACAUGUUUUAUUAACUAAUUGUAAAUUUCAAAAAAACUUAAUUGCAUUUACUGAAUUGUUAUUGGCUUAAAAUUAUAAAACGAAGAUAAACACAAAAAAAUAUGCAAAUUUAAUGUGUUUUAUUAAAAUGUGUGAAAAAUCUAGAAUAUGUAACAUUAAGAAACAGAGAGAGUAAGAAAUACCAAAUCAAAGAUUUGUCAAAAAAAAAGGCAACAUAACAUUGCUGGCAUUGGUGUUUGCGUCAACAGAGAUGCUUUGGCAGACGAAAUCAACCAACAUAAAUAACAGAUUAAAUUAGUAUUGCCAAAAAAUAAACGAAAGGAAAAAACACAUUUCUCUAUACUGCAUGAACCAAAGUUUAUACAUUUUACACAUGAGUAAACGGUACAUGGAUCAAUACCGUUACACUCAAGAGUCUAUGAAGCACAAAACAUGCCACAAAACUCACUUAUCUUCACAACACAUCGACGAUAUAUAAUGUUAGCUGAAGAAACAGUCUCUUGUACACAAAUUAAGUGAAUCAUAUAGAUCCCCAGCUUAAGGUGUAAUCUUUGUAUGU